AUGAUUUAAACUUAAUAAUCUAAAGAAGAGACUUUUCUUUAAAUCACAAAAAAUAUUAGUUAAGUUAAUAUUGAUAAUGAAGGGACUUUCAAAUACAUUUUGAUUUUAUUAGAGAAUGACAAAUAAGAAUGUUAUUUUGUAAGAGGUUUAAAAUAAUAUGAAUAUCAUGCUUAAAAUUUUGAACACUUUUGUAAUGAAGUUAAAAAUAAUUUGAAAUGGUCAGAAUUUACAUUUGAUAUAGAAGAGGGAACAAUUAAAGCAUAAUUAAAUGGUCAUAAAUAUAAAUUCAAGUGUGUUGGAGGAGGGAGACUUAAACAUUCAACUGCAUAAUAAACUUUAGAAAUUUAUGGAUAUUCUUAAUCUUAUGGAUAAUGUGAUCAUAAAAUAUCCUUAAAUGUGAUAAGAACAGUUUAUCCAUAUUUGGACAAGAAUGUAAUUACAAGAAACGAUGGUUAUUGAUAAUAACAAAAAUAUUGUA